CCCGGCACACACCGAGCGCUGGAGCCUCCGCCGCGCCGCCUGCCAACCCGGGAUCUAACGCCGGCAUUUUAUUUUUUUUCGCCCCGGCUAUUUCCCCCCCCUCCCCUUCCUUCUUUCUUUCUUUCUCUCUCCUCCCUCCCCAUCGCCCGUUUUCCUCAGUCUUGGAAAAUUCUUGGAGUGCUGCGGGAAUUUGGAAUUUUUUUCUAAGGGGGGGUGUCUGGGCAUCUCCCCCCUCGCCCCCCUCCCCGCGCCCGCUGCCUUGCUCCACCUGCCCUUGCGCCUCUUUUUCUUCUUUUCCCCUGUCUGUCUCUCCACCAAACCCGGGCUGAUGUGCUGUGCGAGAGGCUGGAAAUGGAAGUGUUGAUGCUCUGGCUUUUCCCCUGGAUAUUUCAGUGCGUUUCGGUUCGGGCGGACUCCAUCAUCCACAUUGGUGCCAUUUUUGAAGGCAAUGCUGCCAAGGACGACGAGGUGUUCAAGCAGGCGGUGUCGGAUCUGAACCUCAAUGACGACAUCCUCCAGAGUGAGAAAAUCACUUACUCCAUCAAGCUCAUAGAGGCCAACAACCCCUUCCAUGCGGUGCAGGAAGCCUGUGACCUGAUGACCCUGGGGAUCUUAGCCUUAGUGACGUCCACUGGUUGUGCCUCGGCCAACGCCUUGCAGUCCCUGACAGAUGCCAUGCACAUCCCACAUCUUUUUGUACAGCGCAACACAGGAGGGUCCCCGCGCACAGCCUGCCACCUGAACCCCAGCCUGGAGGAGGAGGAGUACACCCUGGCUGCCCGACCACCAGUCCGCCUCAACGAUGUUAUGCUGAAGCUCGUCACUGAGCUGCGGUGGCAGAAAUUCAUAGUAUUUUAUGACAGUGAUUAUGAUAUACGUGGACUGCAGGGAUUUCUUGAUCAGGCCUCAAGACUGGGACUUGAUGUAUCAUUACAAAAAGUGGACAGGAACAUCAGCAGAGUCUUUGCCAACCUUUUCACUACCAUGAAAACAGAAGAGCUGAACCGCUAUCGGGACACGUUGCGAAGGGCUAUCUUACUCCUAAGUCCACGGGGAGCCCAGACUUUUAUUAAUGAGGCUGUGGAAACCAACCUUGCAUCAAAGGAUAGUCACUGGGUCUAUGUAAAUGAGGAAAUCACUGAUAAUGAAAUAUUAGAGUUGGUACAUAGUGCUCUGGGGAGGAUGACAGUUAUCCGGCAAAUUUUCCCUCUGUCAAGGGACAACAAUCAGAGAUGCAUGAGGAACAAUCACCGAAUAUCAUCACUGCUGUGCGAUCCACAAGAAGGCUAUCUUCAGAUGCUGCAGGUUUCCAACCUGUACCUGUACGACAGUGUGCUGAUGCUGGCCAAUGCUUUCCACAGAAAACUGGAGGACAGGAAAUGGCACAGCAUGGCAAGUCUGAACUGCAUGAGGAAAUCCACCAAACCUUGGAAUGGAGGACGAUCCAUGCUAGAGACUAUUAAGAAGGGCCAUAUAACUGGGCUUACUGGUGUAAUGGAGUUCAGAGAAGAUGGAGCCAACCCCUAUGUUCAAUUUGAAAUACUGGGCACUAGCUACAGCGAAACAUUUGGCAAAGAUGUGCGGAGGUUGGCAACGUGGGACUCUGAGAAAGGACUGAACGGUAGCCUACAAGAACGACGUCUGGGCAAUGACUUACAAGGAUUGACACUCAAAGUGGUGACUGUCUUGGAAGAACCUUUUGUGAUGGUGGCAGAGAACAUACUCGGGCAACCAAAACGAUAUAAAGGAUUUUCCAUUGAUGUCCUGGACGCACUUGCCAAGAACCUGGGCUUCAAGUAUGAGAUAUAUCAAGCUCCUGAUGGCAAAUAUGGACAGCAGCUCCAAAACAGCUCCUGGAAUGGCAUGAUUGGAGAGCUCAUUAACAAGAGAGCAGACCUAGCCAUCUCAGCCAUCACUAUAACACCAGAACGAGAGAGCGUUGUGGACUUCAGCAAGCGGUACAUGGACUAUUCCGUGGGGAUAUUAAUCAAAAAACCCGAAGAGAAAAUCAACAUCUUCUCUCUCUUUGCUCCUUUCGACUUUGCGGUGUGGGCUUGCAUUGCUGCAGCCAUCCCCAUUGUCGGCGUCUUGAUAUUUGUCUUGAACCGGAUCCAGGCAGUCAGGACACAGAACGCUUCCCAGCCGAGCCCUUCUGCUUCCUCCACCCUCCACAGUGCCAUCUGGGUCGUGUACGGCGCCUUUGUUCAGCAAGGGAGUGAAUCUGCUGUCAAUUCUGUGGCUAUGCGCAUUGUAAUGGGAAGCUGGUGGCUCUUCACCCUUAUCGUGUGUUCUUCCUACACAGCAAACUUAGCAGCAUUUCUCACAGUAUCAAGAAUGGAUAAUCCCAUAAGAACAUUUCAGGAUCUGUCCAAACAAAUGGAUAUAUCUUACGGUACAGUCAGGGAUUCAGCAGUCUAUGAAUACUUUAAAGCAAAAGGGACCAACCCUUUGGAGCAGGAUAACACAUUUGCUGAACUAUGGAGGACUAUCAGUAAGAAUAAUGGGGCAGAUAAUUGUGUAUCGAACCCUUCCGAAGGCAUCAGGAAGGCAAAGAAAGGAAACUAUGCUUUCCUGUGGGAUGUGACGGUGGUAGAAUAUGCUGCUCUGACAGAUGAUGAAUGCUCUGUGACAGUCAUCGGGAACAGCAUCAGCAGCAAAGGAUACGGGAUAGCACUCCAGCAUGGAAGCCCCUACAGAGAUCUUUUCUCCCAAAGGAUCCUAGAAUUGCAAGAAAGUGGAGAUUUGGAUGUUCUUAAACAGAAAUGGUGGCCACGGAUGGGACGUUGUGACCUGAAUAGCCAUACCAACGCACAGACAGAUGGGAAGGCACUCAAGCUUCACAGUUUUGCAGGCGUUUUCUGCAUUUUAGCAAUAGGCCUUCUUCUUGCAUGCUUGGUGGCAGCAUUGGAGUUGUGGUGGAACAGCAACCGUUGUCAUCAAGAAACACCGAAAGAGAUACAGCAUGGGCAGCAGCAGUGCAAACUUCCCCACAUUGCCCCACCACUGUGCCUCAACCCUGACCUGGAGAGACCACCUUUAGGGGACAAAGAAGUGAACCUGGAGCAGGUCCAUAGACGCAUGAACAGUUUAAUUGAUGAAGACAUAGCCCACAAGCAAAUCUCUCCAGCGUCCAUUGAAAUCUCAGCCUUGGAGAUUGGUGGCAUGCAGCCAGCUCAGACCCUGGAGCCGGUACGCGAAUACCAGAACACGCAACUUUCUGUCACCACCUUUUUACCAGAACAGACAGCUCAUGGUGCCAGCAGGACACUCUCAGCUGCCUCCAGCAGCAACCUGCCGCUGCCCCUGAGCAGCUCAGCCACCAUGCCCUCCAUACAGUGUAAACACAGGUCACCAAAUGGAGGACUAUUUCGUCAGAGUCCCGUGAAAACCCCAAUCCCAAUGUCAUUUCAGUCUGUGCCAGGGGGAGUCAUUCCAGAAGCAAUGGAGCCCUCGCAUGGAACAUCCAUAUGACGAAAACAAACAGUAAAACAACCAGCAGAGCUUUUUAAUACAAAAUUUAAAAGAAAAAGAAAAAAAAAAACAAACAAACAAACAAACAAAACAAAACAAACUCUUAUGUUUUUCUUGUAUAUACCUGUAAAUAAUGAAAGAAUGAAGUGGGGUAAAAGUGUAUUUUGAAUAUUCCCAAUUUUCGAAGUCAGUAAAAAACAAAACAAAAAAACAAACAAAAAUGUAUGAAUGACUUUGUAAAUUUUGUUCUAUAUGAAUAAAAAGGCAAACUACUUGUGAUCGUUCUCAAGUGCCAAAGAAGACCAGUUACUGGGACUGAGGGCCGUAGUUUUUUUUUCUGUGGAUUUCAACAGUUAUUCCCUUACUGUCCUUUUUUUUUUUCUUUUUUUUUAAGAGAAAAAAACUUAUCUGUUCUUGCUAGAAAAGUUCACCAUGCUCAGAUCUCUCCUCUCCUCAGAACCUGAUUCUAUAGUCAAGAUGGCAAUUCCCUCGGAGAAUUUAACAGCUGGUAUUAGCAUAGCAGUAACAAAUGUUUUAAACGUGAAUUAUAACUAAAAUCCAACAAACAAUAAACAGAAAAAGAGAACUUUUUCCUUCUAACAAGGAUUAAACUUCCACACAGUUUCUAAGUUUAAGCACAGGGUUAUUGAAUUGUGGUUCUACAUGUCUGCUGUGCUGUGUGGCUCUUUUUAUUUAGCCUUCUGUGUUUUGUUAUGUAUAUAAUAGAUAUUAUAUGUAUCUAUUAUAUAUAUGACAUAUAUAUAUUAUAUAUAAAUGCUUUGAUAAACAGGUUUUAGGUUAAGGGGAAAGCUUCUAAGAAAAAACAGUCAGCUCUUUUUUAUGUCUUGCGUACAUGACUGAAAAUGGGGAGGAACCAAUGGCUGGAAGGAGUGAAACAAGGAAGAGCUUUAAUGGGCAGGAGAUAAUGGCAUUGCAGGGACUGUGCCCUCUGGUGCCAUCUCUUUAAGAUUUCAAGGAAUUUGCUGCAUAAUGGUUGCAGUGCUCUCUGCUGAAGUCAUAUCCCUGAAUGACAGGGCUAAGCUCCUGAUUAUAAGCACAGCUCUGCUUUUUUUCCAUUGAUUUUGUACAGAGAAACAUUUUAAUGGCCAUGUCUAUAACCUUGGUAGAAAUGGCUGUAAAUGCCUUUUUUUGGUCUGUGAAAUACAGUCAGAGGACGAAGAUAGAGCAACACGUAUAGUGAUUUUAAUGUCUUGUUUUGCAAAUAUUACCAGUGCAAUUUCAUAUGACAAAAAAAAUCAAAACAAAGCCAAACCACAUUGUUUCCUUCCCAAAUAGUAGUUUGAAUGCCCAAGAUAACUGAUCCUUGCCCCUUCCCCCCUCCCCACUGUUGCUAAUGGAUCAUCACUAUCAGAGUUGGGAUAAUUUAGUGUCUUCUCAAAUGUAUCCCUUUAGCUAGGUUGUAAUUUCCCUUCGUAGCUAGAUUUCUUCACUUUAUUAGAACACUGCUUUUUGGAAAAGGCUGUAGAUCUUGGUGCAGCAAAAUCACUGCCUACAUUAAGAUGAAAAAUUGUGUUUGAACAGAGGUAAAAAUGCAUUCACGUCCUGAGAAAGUCAGCAGGCAACCUGGGUCAGGUUUUUGGGUAAAUAUACAUUCCAUUGACUGUUCCUAAUUUGAUUUGCAUAAUUAUGCAACAGGUAUAUUUAUGGCCUGAUAACAGUCCCCAGAUUUUUACAUUUCUAGUUUAAGCAGUAGGGAAGAAAAGUCAAACGGUGAUACAAAACCAGCCUAAUGGAGGAGCAUACUCAGCAUACUGCUUUUUAAAUGAGGAAUAUUGAUGGUGAGUUUGCAGAAGGAAUACUCUUGCAGGGAUUAAUUUGUCUCUGUUGUCAAGCUGGUUCCUCAUGAAGACAGUGUGAUUUUGCAGCUUGGCACAAAUUGCACUAUUUGCUUCAAACUAAUUAAAAAUGAAUAAUGCUCUAGUCAGCUGACUAGAUUUAUCCUAUUUAGAGACUUAGCCCCCAGAGCCUUGAGACUUUUUUCUUUCUUCUUUUGUCAUACUUUUUCUUAUCAUCUUAACAAACCUAUGGCCAUGGGAAAAAAUAGACAUUUCUUUCCACCUCCCAUAAACACACUAAUUAAUUAUGGUAAAAAUAGCUGUGCAAAAAGACUAUGCACACCUAGGUACCUGUAAAAACGCUUAGGAGAAAGCGUGCAACUAUUGGCACUGGAAGAAUCCCUCAUUUUUAUUACCAAUUUAAGAUUUUAGCAGAUGCAGAGGAGCAUGCUCCAGAAGAGGUGCAGGGAGAUGCUUGUGUAGCGACGAGGAUGCAAAUCUGCAAGCUGUGCCUUGGCUGGAGAGGGCACCCCCUCCCCGGCGGUACCUGGGACAGGAGGCUGUCACCUCUUGUCCUGAGCAUCCUCCAAGAGCAGAGGUGGGUGAGCAGCUCGCUCGGUCACCUCAGCAGCACGAGGCCAUUGCCCAGCCACAUCCUGUGUUUUGGAUGGUGAAGAGCCACGAUGAGCUGCUGGUGCAUGGCAGCAGAGCCGCUGCUGCUGGCUCUGCACCAAUGUUGUAGCAAACAAGCUUGUCAGAGGUUGUUUGAGCUGCUCCCUUGCCAUUUCACCACAAAGCAUGCUAUUUAUUUGUUAUGGCAAAGCUCAGAGCAGGGGAUUGAAACCUUCCUUUACUGAGGAGUCAUUGCUUUCACAAAACACAUUAGAUCUUUUUCGUAUUAUAGUCUAAACCACUGUACUGAAUAAUUUACACUGAACUGCAUUUGCGGACUAAAUUGUGACUACAGUAUAUUUUGGGGAUUAACUUUAACACUCUCCAUAUUCAGUGUUCUUCUGGCUUAGUCUUGCCACGUGCUGUGAAGUUUGGAAGUGUGGUUUAACUUAUAAACAAUGUUGGAUUUUGCUGAAUCUCAUGAAUAGAAUAUGACUUGCCUGUUUGAGUGCUCUGUAGGAUUACAUCUAAGAUGGUCAGGAUCCUGAAGAAUAAAACCACACACUACUCUUUCAGAAAAGUAUUUAAGCAUGUGUGUAAGCCCUCUAGAAAGCAGCUGCUUUAUGCACAGGUUGAAGUGCUUUACUGAUUAACAAUGGAGUUAAAAUGCACGUCUCAAAUAUAUGACUAAUUUUAAGCAGGUGAGUUAGUUUACCAAACUCCCUGGGACUAUUCAGUUGCUUAGAAGUUAACCUUCUUGAAUGCUUUGCUGCACCAGGGUCUAUAAUGUAAAAGUAGGAAUCCACAAUGGAUCUGUCACUGUCUAGUAAUUAUUUGUCUAUAUAAAAGUUAGCAAGUCAUAGCUUGAGCCUGUCAACCAUGACAGGAAGCUGUUAAAUCUUUCAUGUGAUGGUGGUUUGGUUUUGGGUUAUUUAAGCAAAUCACUAGGUUCUCCUUGAACAUAAACAAUGUUUCUUUCCCCAUAACUUUCAGUUUUCAAAGUAAAUGCAGAAUGUAUGAUUUCCA